UUGCCUCCUUCAAAAUACUUACAUUACAUGUUUACACUCCAAAAUAUGGCUGUCUCAGAAUAUACCUCAAAUCACACCGUCAACAACCUCUCCAAGGUAGCCGGCAAAGUAGCCAUCGUCACCGGCGGUGCAAGUGGUAUUGGCGAAGCGACGGCCCGUCUCUUUGCCGAUCAUGGUGCGCGCAUGGUGGUGAUCGCCGACAUCCAAGACGAGCUCGGCAACAUGGUGGCGGCGUCCAUCGGAGCCAACAGGUGUAGCUACGUUCAUUGUGACGUGGCAGACGAGGAUCAAGUCAAACACCUUGUGGAAUCGACAGUCAACAUUUAUGGACGCGUGGACAUUAUGUUCAGCAACGCCGGUGUGGCGAGCCCCUCUGAUCAGACAAUCCUUGACCUCAACUUCAACGAAAUGGACAGUUUAUUUGCUGUCAAUGUCCGCGGGAUGGCGGCGUGCUUGAAGCACGCGGCUCGGGCGAUGCUGGAGAAGGGCGUCAAGGGGAGCAUAGUGUGCACGUCAAGCGUGGCGGGCAGCCAUGGCCGUCCGAAGGGGACGGACUACUGCAUGUCGAAGCAUGCUGUGGUGGGGCUGAUGAGGGCGGCGAGUGUGCAGCUGGCGGCGCGUGGGAUAAGGGUAAACAGCGUGUCGCCAAAUGGGACGGUGACACCGCUGGCUAUCAAGGCCAGUGGAAUGAGCGAGGGGAAUUUGAAAGAGCGUUUUAGAAAAUACGCGAGGCUGGAGGGCGUCGACCUCACGCCCAAACACGUGGCGGAAGCGGUGCUGUUUCUUGCUUCUGGCGAUUCCGAGUUCAUCACAGGUCACGAUCUCAAGGUGGACGGAGGCUUUAUCGGUUAGUGAAAUGCAAGGGCUCUUUUUCUUGCUUCAAUAAGAUUGCAUUUUCAUCAUUGAUCAGUUUUUUCCCCUAAAACCCAAUUCCAAAAUAAAGAAGAGACAUCGUCUCCGUCGCCGUCCACGUCCGGUCAUGAGUUGAAACUGGACGGUGGAUUCUGUCUCUGU